ACCCUUGUCUUAAACUCAGGCAGUGAGAGAAUAAGUGCAUGAAAGCAAUUGAACAUGUUUCAUUCACCCAAGAACAUGUUUUAGAACAGUAAUCCCAGUAGGAAAUAUAUAGUAUAUAGUUAAGAAAAAAAUGUCAGUUAACAAGAAAUUGCUUCUUAAGGUUUUAUGAAUUUGGGCCCUGCACCUGCGAAAUUCGGCGCGAAAGGACCCGAUUUCGUGUUUUUACGAAUUAGUUUAGCUAUCCAACGUUGCCAUGACAUCGACUACAAGUGUGAUGGGAGAAGGAGAAGCAGUUAUUGGAGAAGCAGUUUUAGCAAAGAUAUAACUAAGCCAAGAUAGUUCAUCUGUGUCGUUCACAGUGGGCGUAAAUGAAGCAUUGUGCGCGGUGCAAGGAGAUCGGAAAAGCUAAGUACUAGCUGGUGAAAUCCUAUUGUCGCGUUGUAGCAUGUAUUUGCAUAUUACCGUUAGGGCUCGACACGUCUGUGAAGUGCGCGUGUGUACAAACUAAAUUCAUUCCUUCUUAACAACGCGAUAUUUUACAACUUAGUGCACUGUGUUCGUAACAGAUUCUAGUUUUGGGAACAGAAAAAGGUAUUGAGAUCAGAUGUCUCAUGGAUGAGAAAUAAUGUCGGCUCGGUUUCAUCUAGUUCCACUCUCUCUCACUACCCGCGACUGGACUUCCAUUCAAUUCAAUUCAAGGGGCUUUAUUGGCAUGGGGAACAUGUGUUAACAUUGCCAAAGCAAGCGAGGUAGAUAAUAUACACAAGUGAAAUAAACAAUAAAAAUGAACAGUAAACUCACUACCAUAUUUCGUGGUGAGAACGUUCUAAACGGAUGCUUCCUUCAGCUUUAUAGCCAUGUGACGUGUCUGGGUUACCUCUUCUCUCUGUGGUCUUCUUACUGUACUGUCUUUGCCUCUAUUACUGGGUUGUCUGGAUAUAUCGUAAACAUUUAUGAAAACAAAAAUUUGCUUUAUGGUCUUAAUUUAAUGUUAGGGUUAUGUUUAAAAUCACAUUUUAAGAAAACAAAUUGUAGAAAUGGGCGGGGUUUAGGACUUUGUGGCUGUGGUAACUAGGGACGACCCUACUACUGUGAGAAAAAAUCUACUGCAGCCUGCAGCCUAUGUCUGGUUUAUACCAAAAAAUUACUGAGUGAGCGUCUCGAUCAAAGCGAAUCUUUUCAUAGACAUUAUGGAACUCUCCAUCUUUGCAACAUCACCAAAUGUAGAGUAAACUAUCAAUUUGCGUCCAGGAGAAUAUUGUUGUUUAUUCGUAAUUUCUUUUCAUUUUGUUGUAAUCCAGGGGUUCACACACCCCUAUGAUUUUCAUAAAAUGGGAAACCUAACUAUGUUAUAGAGGGCAACUAUGUUAUAGAGGUCUGCGCGCUAGAUAUAAGCUACAUAUUACAAUAAAAAUAGGCUUUUCAUUUUUUCCAUUUCCUAAUAUCACAAUGUCGGUUGCAUUUUCAUCGGCGCGCCCAAGGAGCAAAGGGGAGGUGACACAACAAACUAUACAAAAGAUGCUGGAUGAAAAUCACCAUCUGAUACAAUAUAUAAUGGAUUACCAGAACAAAGGAAAAACAGCAGAAUGCACACAGUAUCAGCAGAUUCUUCACAGAAACCUGGUCUAUCUGGCCACGAUAGCAGAUUCUAAUCAGAACAUGCAGUCACUGUUACCUGCGCCUCCUACCCCUAACAUGGGGAGUAUGGGUCCUGGAGGGAUGGGGCAGAACGGGGGCAGUGGGCCCAUACACUCCCAGAGUAACCUCAACGACGCCAUGACACCUGGCCUGCCCCCCCCCUCCAUGAUGCAGAGUCAGAUGAGCAAUGGCCCCAGCCACGCUCCCAUGCAGCAGCAGCAGCAGCAUGCGGGUCAGACACAGCCGGCUGGGCCCUCCUCCACGUCCCUCAGCCUGCCGGCCAGCACCCACAGCUCAGCCUUGGGCUACAGCCACCCCGUGCCCCCCUCUUCCCAGGGCAGCAUGAUCCAGGGGCCUGGCCCAAGCCCAGGCUACGGUUCUUCCUCUUCUUCCUCCUCCCGCAGCAACCUCAACAUGCAGUCCAACCCAGUCUCCAUGAUGCAGCAGCCUCAUUACCCGUCGUCCCAGACUGGGGCCGGGCAGCAGCACUACCAGGGCCAACAGACUGCUAUGGGCAUGUUGGGGCAGAGCGGACAAGGCAACAGUAUGGUGAGCCAGAGGCCCAUGGGGACUUACCGACCCACACAGCAAGGAUGUGCACUGCAGUACAUGGGACAAGACGAGUUCUACGGAGAGCAGUAUGGACACACUCAGAGCUCCAGUGAGCCCAUAAACCAGCAGUAUUACCCUGAUGGUCAUGGCGAGUACUCCUACCAACAGUCGUCCUAUGGCGAACAGGGCUAUGAGAGGCCCUUUGACGAGUCCUCACAGCACUACUACGAAGGAGGCAACUCCCAGUACAGUCAGCAGCAAGCCCAGUACCAGCAUGGCUCAGGUCAGCAGCAGCCCUUCAGCCAACAACAGUACCCCUCACAGCAGGGCUACAGCACACAGCAACAGGGCUAUGGUCCAGGUCAGGGUGCGUCGUCCCAUUACUCCCAGUACCAGCAGGGUCAGGGCCAGCAGUAUAGCUCCUACCGCUCCUCCCAGGCUGCCCCUGGGGCACAGACACAGAGGCCCUACGCUUACGAACAGGUACAGCUACAGCUACCCCUGACCCCACGUUUUGAGGAGGACGGUGCUGUCCAACCAAACAUUGGGGUCAAUAUGGAAACUACCAGCAAUAAGGCACCACCUCCUGGGCAAACUGGUGGACAGGUUAGGCAAGGGAACAGUUCUGUGAAUGCCCCUUAACAGUCAUGUGUAAACCAGUCUGAGUAAAUUAGUUAGAUUAAGCUCUGAAUCCUUUUAGUUUGCUGAGAGACAGAUUAGAAGGCUAGAAUAUCAGCUCCAUUGUCCGCUUGUUCACUAUUUUCUAGCUAAGUAGAGGUUAACUGGUUCAGGAGAUCCUGUAUGAAGCACCUCUCAUCUCUGCUUUCUCUCCUCACCCUCUAUAAGAGGCUUUGAAUUAGGGGGGUAUCUGGUAACAAAUCGGGGCAUCCUCAAUAGUAUUAUUAUAUAAACAUGGGCACUAUAUGUGUUUUAAACUCAUGUGAAAUUUUAAACCUGCCUCUAAAUGUCUUCCUUCCUUGGUCUGUGACCUCUAUCAGCCUCUACCUGGCUCCUCAUAUCCUCCCUUUCUGUCUUUGUCUUUCACAGGGUGCACAAUACAAGUGCUAUCCUCUCUUUAAGAAUGUAAUUGGAAAUGUGCCAAUUAGGUUGUUCACAUUUACAUAAGAUUGAUCUAAUAUAAUACAUUCAGCAUCUAUUAUUCAUUGUAGAGAAUAACUUAGAGUUGAGUCUUGAUAAGUGUACUUUGAUUAAGGUGAAAAUGGGGCUUGUCGGUGGUGUUCAACCUGUCUUCAGGUUGUGUUUUUUUAAAUCUGUGAAGUUGUGUAGGUCAGUGUGUGGUGUGACCGACUGUUUUGUGUUAACACUCUCUUUGUGUAAGAAGAACCAAUGUUUUAGUAAGGUAAUAGACACAAUAGCUGGUGAAUUGACAAGUGUGCAUCAACUACACUACAUUGCCAAAAGUAUGUGGACACCUGCUCAUCGAACAGACUGCCAGAUGGUGAAGCGUGAUUCAUCACUCCAGAGAACGUGUUUCCACUGCUCCAGAGUCCAAUGGCGGUGAACUUUAUACCACUCCAGCCGACGCUUUGCAUUGCACAUGUUGAUCUUAGGCUUGUGUGCGGCUGCUCGACCAUGGAAACCAAUUUCAUGAAGCUCCCGAUGAACAGUUAUUGUGCUGACGUUGCUUCCAGAGGCAGUUUGGAACUCAGUAGUGAAGUGUUGCUCGACUUUAUACACCUGUCAGCAACGGGUGUGGCUAAAAUAGCUGAAUCCACUAAUUUGAUGGGGUCCACAUACUUUUGUAUAUAUAGUGUAUCAACACCAUCAUAAUCUCAUCACAUAAUACAGUAUGGAAAAUCCAUAUCCAUGAUCAACCCCUUUUGUUCAUUCUUAAAUUUGGUCUGAUUGCCUUUCUAUUUUUUAACUAAGUGUUUUUUAAAUUAAGCUAAAUCAUUUAACUUUUAUAUGGUAUAUUGGAACUUUUUCCAUCCUAUAUUUAUUUAUCAAUAUACAAUUAAUUUUAUUUAAUUAUCAGAUGUUUCAGUAUUUAUUAUUCUGUUUCUUUCUCUGUAAUGCACUUUUAUUUAUCAUAGUGUCAUUCAAGUUGUUUCUAAGAAAUGAUUUCCAAACAGAAGAAUGUGUUUGGCAAUCGGUACAACACCUUUUCAAUACGAGCAAUACAGUCAGUCAUUGGAGCAGAGUGAUAUUAUCAGUAGGCUUGUAAUUAGAUUUUCUGUGUGCUACCACACAUUUUUGAGUCUAUAGCCUAUUAGAGUACAAAAAUGAAAGUCUUUAUUAGCCUUGUGUCUUGUUGAAUACAUAACCCAAAGUAUUAUUGUUGCCAAUUGGGUUUGGAUUUUGCUUCAACUGUCUUAGCCCAUAUGAAUGGAUUUUUCAUUUAAAAAAAUUACGUUCUUACGAAAUUGAUGUAGUCAUAGCCUAUGUCUGUGAGUGCAUAUGACAUACUGACAUAUUUGGUUUGCCAAAGUUUGCCAUUUGUCUUGCUCAAUUGACUAUAUUUGACGUGAUCAUAGAUCAAGUUCGGGGUAAGGCCUUAGUGUUUUAGAAGACAAUUGUCAAAUCAGUUUGUCACACAAACACAUUGCCUUAUUAUUUAUUGACAAAGUACAAUAAAGAGAUUUUGUAAAAA